AUCAUAAAAUCAAUUUUGAGGAAAUGAAAGAUCGAUUUCACCAGUCCAUUAACUGCCUUCCACAAGGAUCAUUGAAAAAGGAACUUAUUCGGAAAUAUGUAAAGUAUGUAAAGAAAUUAUGGAGAAUCAUAAAAAAAAAUAAAGACCGGAAUAAAUACAAAGAAGAGGCAGAAGGAGAUUUACAAUACAAUUUGCUUACACCAGAUGGUAGAAAAUCAGCUGUCAACAAGUUGAAAAAACAAAGUAAAGAAACGCGACGGAGACUUGGGAAACAUCUGUUGGCUGAGGUUUAUAGUGAUGCUGAUGUAUCCAAAGAAGUUUUGGGAUUGGUUGUUGAUGAUUAUGACGGAGAUAAGAAGUCUGCUAAUAUGAAAGCAAUUGAAGUAGAAAACCAAGUUACUCUUGGUAACACCAAUAGAGAUGUAUUACAUAAACACAUCUCUAGCUUUAUCAGGUGUAUGACAUUACAGAGGGACAUCAGUAAUUUCUUGUUAUUGGUUGUCUUUCAGAAUUCUAUGAUUACAAGUGUGGAUGAGAAAAAACCACACUUUGAAGAUCUUCUUGCCGCAGUCAUAUCACUUUACCUUGAUGUGGAAAUCUAUCUUCAUCGAGGAAAGGAUGAUGCAGCAGAUGCAGCCAAGAAUACUAUACUUAAAAUAAACAUGUUACUGGGAAAGUCCACUUCCUACCUAUAUGAUGCUGUUUUACAGACAACAUCAGUUACUGCGAAAGAUGUACCAUUUAUGUUACCUAUCUACGAGAGUAUUUUGAAGAGACCUCCAGAUGUUGUUACUAACUGUACUUAUAUCAAAUACAUGAGUACUGUCAAGCAAGUCUUAAGUAUCUUGGAUAAUAAGUACAAGGAUAAAGUUGAUUUAAUUAAAAAGGAAGCUAGAAAAGUAAGCGUACCACCCGGUUUUCUUCAAUGGAUCAAAGAAAUCUCUCCAAACAUAUUGGAUGAUGUUCCGUUGAAAGUCAGAUCAUCAGGAGAUAGGAUCACUAACUACAUAUUGAAGGAAGCAUCAACUGAGUUUAUAGAUAGCUUGAUUGAAUGUGUAGAAUAUCCAGGAGAAAUAAAUUUGGAGGAUGAAGAAAAUGAAUUCACAGUAGAUGGAAAACUUUAUUCUUUGUGGAUAAAUCAGCUGAUGAAACCAUGGAAACAAAAAUGAAGAUUGACUUCAGUUCAUUAACAUCGGAUAAUGAUGAUGACAUACAUAGUAAAAUUGAUGAAUUAAUAUCUAAUAUAUCAUCAGACGAUGACGACGACAUUGAGGAUGCUGUUGAUGU